AUGGGGCGCAAGACAUGGGAGAAGCCGAAGACGAAGCAUAGGAAAGGGUUGUGGUCGCCGGAUGAGGACCAGAGGCUGAGGGAGCACAUCCUUGAGCAUGGCCAUGGCUACUGGAGUUCAGUUCCUGCUAAAGCUGGCUUGCAUCGAAGUGGAAAGAGCUGCAGGUUGAGGUGGAUCAAUUACCUGAGGCCAGGACUCAAGCUGGGUGUUUUCUCUCAAGAGGAAGAGGAAACAGUGAUGAAACUUCAUGCCAUUUUGGGCAACAAGUGGUCUCAGAUAGCAAUGCAUCUACCAGGAAGAACUGACAAUGAAGUGAAGAACCAGUGGAACACCUACCUCAAGAAGAAGGUGGCAAAGGCUGAUGGAUUAUCUUCUCAUGCCUCCAUGAGCAAAUCUCUGGACUCAGACAUCCAGUUCUUGAAACCGAAACAAUUAUCGGGUGACAAUAAUAGCCAAAUCUCACUCUCAGAAUCAUUUUCUGUGAGUCAGUGCCAAUCAACAGUGGCCAGAGAGAAACUUCUACCUCCUUUUCCCAAAGUUCUAUUUGCAGACUGGCUACUAUUGUUCAAUGACGGUGACCAGAGCUCAUCAUCUGUGGGUGGUGGGAGAAAUUUCGAACAUGAUUCUACCUCAAAUUCUGAUGUCCUUAGUUCUGAAUUUUUGCAAUUUGGAAUGGUAUCGACUGGUUAUUUUCCUCAUGAAUUUGAAGAAACAAGCAUCCGUGGAGGAUUUCAGCAGCAGUUUGAGCCUGUAGAACAGAUUCCAGAAGUCAGUUUCCAUGAUCCCUUAUCCUUCAGUGAAACUUACACUGAUCUUGAGCUGAACUAUGACAUGUUUACUGACCUAUAAGGAAGGUUAUGUCUGUCUGUGAAUUAGAGCAAGAUAUCACAGAUAAGCAUAUACAUGAAUUAAUGCAUUAUUCUGUACAGGUGCUCCUAUGAUGGGGAAGAACAUUUCUUGUUUCACUUUCACUUGCUGUUAUUUAAAGGAAUCUUAUGAUUAAAAUUGUGUUUU